AUGUCGCAAGAUUCUGCAAAAGUCAUCCAAUCUGUAAGCAGAUCGCCGAGACAUUUCGCACACCCGAUCCGCUGCCCGAUCCUGCACUACCCGGACGAAUACGGACUCGAAUACGAAGACGUAUUCUUCCCCUCUCUUGACGGCACGCCGCUCGAAGGCUGGUUCCUCCCGUGCAAAAGCUCCAGUCUUUUAGUAAUCUGCAACCAUGUGCUCUGGAUGAACCGCCAGGGCAUUGGUGCAGCCGGCGGCAAUGAUUUUGAAGUGAACUUUAUGCCUGACUACAAACACCUGCAUGACGCCGGAUACAACGUAUUAUGCUACGAUUUGCGCAACCACGGACACUCAGGCACAGCCAACGGCGGAAUCACCGGCAACGGCUACUACGAGUCAAGAGACGUCGCGGCAUCGAUCAACUGGCAUUGUUCAGCAGGUGCCAUCGGCGCCAAUUCGACGAUUGUUGCGGCGGCCAAGUACCCAGAGUACUUUACUGAAAUUAAAUGCAUGGUGGCACCGCAGCCGAUCUCCAUGGGGGCGAUCUAUAAGGCGGUGACGAAGCUACUGGGGAUGCCCGAGAAGCUGCAGGAAAUCGACCGGGACACGCAGCUGAUUAAUGGGUUUACGGCGGACAAAAUGUCGCCGAUUCCGUACGCCAAGGCGGUGACGUGGCCGACACUGCUCUUGCAGAUCUUCAACAGGCUCGGGACGAAAGAAAAGGAACUGCAUUGGAUCCACGGCACCACCAGGCGGUUUGACGGGUACAAGUACCUGCCGGAGCACCCGGAGGUGCUGCUCGGAUGGCUGGACAAGUACAUGAAGUAAG